GCCAUUUUUUCCCGCUUCAGAGCAGACUAUGAAUGAAGUACCUUAGUCGGCCAUUAGUGUUGGUUUUUUAUUCACAAUAUUCAUUAGAUAGAUUUCUCCGCAUGUUAAGGUAGGACAGGAGAGGGAGAGAAGAGAGAGAGAGAGAGAGAGAAUGGAAAUAGUUCGAUCGCAGAGUAAAAUCACUGCGGACGCCGUUCCGACUCUUCCUCUAUACCGAUCCGCUCCUGCACUCGAAGUAAGGCUCGAAGAUUUUGAGCUUUUUGCCAUCGACCGUCUCCGAGUUCUCAGGGGGAUUUCCGAUGCUUUAUCGCGCGGAAAGAAACCGGAGGAAAUGGAGAAAUUGGUGAAAGAUCUAUGGAAGGCAAACAUGAGACACCAAAAUGCAUCAGAAGUUAUCAAUAAGGAUAUAAUCUCACAUUUUGUACUGCGUCUCGUGUAUUGUAGAACGGAGGAGCUGAGAAAAUGGUUCCUUUCAAUGGAGACAAUGCUUUUUCGUUAUCGAUUUCGGUUUGAAAGCCUAGAUGCUCAGAGGGCACUCAUGGGAGAAUUUGACCUUCCAUACAAAGCAGUCAGCAAUGCAGAACUUGAGAAUGUGAAGGAAAAAUUGGGCCAAGUUGCACGUUCCAUCAGUCAGCCUUUACCCACUGCUGAUACAACAUUCUUUAAGGUACCAUUUGAAGAGGUCCCAGAUCUUGUUUCUGGUCGAAGAGUAUUUAUUCUUAAAGGUUAUGCAUAUGUUGCUAUGAAUCAGGUGGUUUCCCUUGUUGUCACGCAAUUCCGUAGUCUUUUAUCAAAGGCUCUUGUUCUGACAAACAGAAAAUGGACAUCUACAAUUAGAGAGCAGGAGAAGGAUCGGUUGGCUCCUAUUGUGGAAGCACUAAGCACAAGCUACAUAGGUCCUGACUAUUCUCAGCCAAAAGGAUGUGCAGAGAUAUCAAUAAGGGAUAUUGAUCAAAUAGCUAAUAGUUCCUUUCCUCUUUGUAUGCGCCAUCUGUUUGAAAAGCUAAGAGAAGAUCAUCAUUUAAAGCACGGAGGAAGGAUGCAAUUGGGUCUUUUCCUCAAGGGUGUUGACUUAAAAUUGGAUGAUGCCCUUGCUUUCUGGAAAGCAGAGUUUUCUCAGAAGGUUGGUGCUGAGAGAUUUGAGAAGGAAUAUGCAUACAGCAUACGCCACAACUAUGGGAAAGAAGGAAAGAGAACAGAUUACACUCCUUAUUCUUGUCAAAAAAUCAUCUCAUCAACACCAGGCGUAGGGGAUCACCAUGGCUGCCCCUAUCGACACUUCAGUGAGGAGAACUUGAGGACUGCUCUUGGGAAAAUGGGAGUAAGUGGUCGUACUGCAGAGGAAGUGAUGGACAAAGUCCGGAACAGGCAUUAUCAGUUGGCUUGCACCUUGACAUUUGAAGCUAUCCAUGGCUCCUCCUGUGAUGCUGGGAUCAACCAUCCAAACCAGUACUUCAGUGACAGUCAAAAGAUCCUGCAAUCAAAGAAGAAUGAGACAAGUUAAGGAGGCUCACUUCAGGGUGUCACAAGAGACUGUAUGUUAGAACCCACUCCUGGGGAGAUUAUUGGGAGAAUGGCAUGCCGAUGCCAUUGCGUGUGGCAGCAUCCACUACAUGGCACGAAAAAAAGCAUGUAUGCAACAUGGGGUAGUUCAAGUUCGCAUAUUGGCAGUCACGCAUAUCAAUAAAACAGCGAUGUAUUCCUAUUGAACUGCUAUAAAGUUUGAGCUUAAAGAGUACCCUGUAAGGCUGAAACUUGUGGGGCGUGCUAUGCCCCGUUCUGUGUAAAGUGGUGUUACUGGUGAUUUUGUAGUUUGUACUAUGCCCUUGUGUAUACAGAUUAGAGACGCGGAUGUUUGGAUGCUUAUUAAUAAUUAUUCAAUCGACAGUGAGACAGGUUGAAACAA